GGGCAAUCGUCAUACGUAGUUGGGAGUAGGACAGUGGUAAUUUAGUAGUUGCAAUAGCCAAUAUGCAAUUACUUUCCAUCUCGUCUUUCCCUUCUUCACUGGUUUGAGAAAGCGCUCUGAAUCAUACCAUCUCUCCUCGCUUCUCUCCAACGAAUACACGUACAGAAACAUCAUGGUUUUUGAGGUGGCUCUGGAAUAAAGAUAAUCCUUGUCUGUGGGGGUUCGGGUGUUUCAGUGACAUUUUGCAAUUCUCAAGGUAAUAGCCCAAUGGAAAUUCUGUCAGAAGUGUAAUAAAUUUCUUAGUGGCUGCUAGGCAUAUGUUUUGUUCAUUUCUGGUACAUUUUCAAAUGUUCAAUGAUUGCCAGCAUGGAUUUAAAUGCAUCACCGCAACCGGAGGAUGAUGAUGAGAUCUUUGGACAUCAAUUAGAGGAGGAAUCCGAGGAGCAUAUUGUACAACAGAUCAAUGAACAUACUGAUUAUGUUGAGAGUGCUGUGGAAAUUUCCCGCCGGGAGCGUGAGGAAAGGAUUCAACGACUUAAAAGACAGCGGCCAGAUGACAGGCCAACUUAUGCAUCCCACCAACGCUUGAAUGAUGAGAUUUUUCAAGAAAAAAAACACAAGGCUUCCAAAGAGCUUCCUCCAGGUUGGUUGGACUGCCCUGGAUUUGGUCAGGAAAUUGGUUGCAUUAUUCCAUCCAAAGUUCCACUCAGCGAAGCCUUCAAUACUUAUGUUCCACCUGGAAAAAGGUACUCAUUUAGGCAAGUGCUUCAUCAACAGAGAGUUUUGGGAAGAAAGUUGGGUUUGGUGAUUGAUCUUACAAACACAAAUAGGUACUAUUCCACAGAAGAAUUUAGAAAAGAUGGAAUCAAGCAUGUCAAGAUCAAGUGCAAGGGACGUGACUCUGUACCUGAAAAUGAGUCUGUUAAUUUAUUUGUUAAUGAGGUUUCGCAAUUCCUUGCUCGACAAAAGCACUCAAAGAAAUUUAUUCUAGUUCAUUGCACACAUGGCCAUAAUCGCACUGGGUAUAUGAUCGUUCAUUAUCUUAUGCGUACACUACCUAUCUCUGUGACUCAGGCAAUACAAAUAUUUGCGGAUGCACGCCCUCCGGGGAUAUACAAACCAGACUAUAUUGAUGCCUUGUACUCUUUUUAUCAUGAGAAAAAACCUGAAGCAGUUGUUUGCCCUCCAACACCUGAGUGGAAGAGAUCUUGCGAAUUUGAUUUGAAUGGUGACGCAAUGCCAGAUGAAGAUGAUGAUGGUGUUGCUGUUACUCCUUCGCAUAAUAGUCAGGAAACAACACAAGCUGUAAUGACAAAUGAUGACAUUCUGGGGGACAGUAUUCCUAGUGACCAACAAGAAUCAUUUCGGCUGUUCUGCUAUCAAGCACUGAAGUUACCACCACCUGGGGGAAGAGGAAUUCUUAAAUUUCCUGGUUCACAUCCAGUUUCUCUCGACAGAGACAACUUACAAUUGUUAAGGCAGCGUUACUAUUAUGCCACUUGGAAAGCGGAUGGAACACGAUACAUGAUGCUUAUUACAAUGGAUGGCUGUUACCUAAUUGAUAGGAAGUUUGAAUUCCGAAGGGUUCAGAUGAGAUUUCCUUGUCGGGCCCCCAGUGGUGGUUUACCUGAGAAGACCCAUCACUUCACAUUACUUGACGGGGAGAUGAUAAUUGAUACACUGCCCGACACACAGAAACAGGAACGAAGAUACUUGAUUUAUGACAUGAUGGCGCUCAAUCACAUGCCUAUCGUAGAUAGGCCUUUUUAUGAACGAUGGAAAAUGAUUGAGAAGGAAAUUAUUGAACCUCGGAAUUCGGAACGUCAGCGUAUAAUUCAGAGCAGAAAUCCAUAUUACAGAUAUGAACUGGAGCCUUUCAGGGUGAGAAGGAAGGACUUUUGGCUGCUCUCUGCAGUCACCAAACUUUUGAAGGAAUUCAUUCCAAAGCUUUCACAUGAUGCUGAUGGUCUUGUUUUUCAGGGUUGGGAUGAUCCGUAUGUUCCUCGAACACAUGAGGGCCUCUUGAAGUGGAAAUACGCAGAAAUGAACUCAGUUGAUUUCCUCUUUGAGAUCCGUGAUGACCGUGAGCUACUUUUUCUUAAUGAUGGAAAAAAUCUGAAACUGAUGGAUGGAAAUACAGUUGUAUUCCCAGAUUGUUCUGAUCCUUCAGUUUACUCGGGUAAAAUUAUAGAGUGCUCUUGGAAUUCCGAUAAUCAAGAAUGGGUGUGCAUGAGGGUUAGGAUAGAUAAAGGAACACCUAAUGAUUACCAUACUUAUCGGAAGGUGCUAAAAAGUAUUACUGACAACAUAACCGAGGAUGUUUUAUUAAAUGAGAUCCAUGAAAUUAUUCAGCUGCCGAUGUAUGCGGACAGGAUCCAAAGCGACAGCAAAGCUCGCCAGCAUUCGAGCUCAGCACGAAGACGGUGAUGAACUUCUCAAAAGUGGAGAAAGUAAACACUAGCAGUUCCAACAAGAGUCAUUAUAGAAAUAUUUGAAUCACUGCGGGCUAUACUGGUUACAUGGUAAUGUCAGAGGUCUUCCUUUGGGUUCUUUCGCGUAUAGGUUUAAAUUUGCAUGAAUUAGCAUAGGCUCAGUAUGUAUAUUUUAGUUGUUUUUACUUAGUUAUUGAAAGGUGUCCUGUUAGAUAUUUUAGUCAAGUUCAAAUUCUAGCCUUCUCUUUCUGUGCAUAUAUGAAUCCUAUGAAGCAGUGAAUUUUUUUUAGCUUUUGUAGUAUUUUUUUUUUCUCUUUUGCUACAAAUAAGUGUUCUUUAGCAAUGCCAUAUUGAGCUUAUUAUAUUCA